AAUGCGCUUUGCCUUGUUUUAUCAAGUAGUUGUGGUUUUAAUUGUUGUUAAACUUAAUAGAAUCGAAGCCACUGGCAAAUUCUAUACAGCAGCAUAUAACAAACAGUAUUAUAUAGAUUACAAUAAAAAGUACACUUGGUUUGAGGCACUAAAUGAAUGCAAAAAAAUCAACAUGACUUUGGUAGCCAUUGAAACGCAGCUCAAAUACCAGCAAAUAAAAACGCUUGUAAACGAUACUUUUGGCAAAAUUCCCAGCGUUUGGGUGGGUGGUAUUAUGACACGUUAUCCAGAUUCCCGUCACUUUAUAUGGCUUACGACUCUACAGCCCUUCAACUACACACAUUGGUCUGCGGGAAACCCAGAUUUCUAUAAUAGCGAUGAAUAUUGUGUAGAAAUUGGUGCUGGCGCUGAUAUGGAAUGGAAUGAUGAUUCAUGUCACCACACAAAUGGUUUCAUAUGUGAAUACGAUACUGUGGAAUUAAGAGAAAUAGAGAAAAAACUAGAGAUCUUACAGAACAAACUGAAAGACAGAGCAGCCCUAGAAGAGAACCUAGAAAUGGAAAUAUUAGAGGAGGAGAAAUUGCAGCAAGAACUAACUGUGGAACAUCAGGAUAUAGAAUGGCUUAAUAAACAGUUGCAACUACUUGAAGAGAAUAUAGCCGGAGAGCAAGAACUUUUUAAGGAGAAACUAAAUUUACAGCAAACAUUGCAAAAACAACUGCUACAAAUGGGGGAAGUUUUAGAUCAAAUAAAACAAAAUGAUUAGAUCAAUUAACAUGAAACCUUUCACAAUCGAUUUGAAUAUUACCGCAAAAUGAAAUUUGUCAUUAGUGCAUUUUAACACUUUCUUUUUUUCUGUAAAAUUAUUAGAAUUUUAAUAAAGACCUCAAUCAAUUCAGUAAAUAUAA